AUGAAAUUAAUUUUUCAUAAAAUAUUUAGGAUAAAAUUAUUCUUUUUGCUAUUCUUAGCCUUAUCUUUGACAAAUAAAGUGAACGCAAAUCAAACAUAUGUGAAAGUUAGUAAUGGCUAGUAAUAAGAAGAAGAAGGAAAAACUAUUAUAGUUGGAAAAACAACCAUAAAUUAGAUAGAUUAUAAUACAGAAUGCUCAUGCGUUGAGCCUUCUCUUUAGUAAAUGGAAGAUCCUGAUGCGGAAUCGUGCAGUUUAAAUAAAUUAAAAUUAUAAUUGGACACUGAUGGAUAGGGUAUGAACUAAGAUACUAUUAGAGAUAUCGUUGGAGAUGUACAUUCUCUGCAAUUUGUUAAUCCGAAAGAAUACUAUUUCAUGGGAUUAGAUGGUAGAAAUACAGAGGCUUGUCUGUCUACUCCAGGAGGAGAUGCUGGAGAAUUUAUUUUAGCUCUUUUUAUAUAUGAAGGAAUGCUACAAAAAAGAUAGCUUGAUCAAAACUCUGUCGAUGCCUUCUUUAAAUCAUAUUUAUAAUAUAUGAAAUCAUAAAAGUUUUACUUUGCAACUGAUGAUGAAGCUAUUUUUCAUAUGGAAAGAGAGACAGGCUUAUCUAUAUCAAUUGAUUCACUGAAAAACCCUAGCGAAUCUAAUAAAGCAGACCUUCUAAGUGCUCUUAUUAAAGCUGAAAACUAGGGUGAUAGACACAUAAAGAAUUUGUUGAAAAACCCUGAUUUAUAUAACAUAAGACCAGAAAUAGUUUAAAUGUUUAUUACCUCAUUCUUUAAUGUAUUAUGGGAUAAAACAAAUUUAAAUCGUGAAAAACUUAUUUUAGAUUCACUUGUUGGGUAACCAAGCGAAUCAGCAUUUUUAGAAGUAAGGUCUAAUGAGAUUUGUCUUGAAAAGCAUUUAUCUCCUUUAAUUUCUGUUAGAAAAAAAAUUGGGGAUAACUGGUAAUCAUUGUUUGUAAACCAUAUCGAUGCAGCCUCAUAAAAGAGAAGGGAGUUAGCUCAUUUCUUCUCUGAUUCAGUGAAUCAUCACCAAGAACCAAUAGAUCCUGAUAUUAUGUUUAACAGAUUAACUAAGCACGGAUUAAGCUUCUUGGAAGUGUCAGGAAGUAGACUCGCUAGAUACUUACCUUUCUAUUCUCUUGAUAUGGUUUGA